GCCCCCGGCGGACGGCGGACCCCUCUCCGCCUUCCUCCGCCUUCUGAUUCCGGGGCUUCCCUCCUCCCUUCCCUCCUUCUUUCCUUCCUUCUUUCCGGCGGCUUCUCCGGACGGAUCCAGCCCACCUGCCCGCUUGCCUCCCCAGGGGCGCCAUGGCCGCUGAAUGGGAUCCUUCCGCGCAGGUAGGGCGGGGAGGAAGGGGUUAAUUUUCCUUGCAAAUAAGAGGAUUGCGGGAUUUUUUUUGGGGGGGAGAGAAAAAAAGGCUCCGGGGCUCAAGGUUUGCGGGGAAAUCCCGCGCCCCGCCCUCCAUUCCUGGAUUGCAAGGGGCAGGGGCGCGCGCGCGCUCUGCACGACCCCAGAGGCACACGAGUUUGGGGGGAAGGAUCCGGGAGAGGAGGUCUUCCCUGCGUUGCCACCACCCCUCUCUCUGUUUCCUUGGUGUGGGGCAGGCAUCCCCAAACUCUGCCCUCCAGCACAGCUGUCAACGUUUCCCUUUUUUCAAGGGAAAUAAUAAUAAUAAUAAUAAUUUAUUUAUACCCCGCCCAUCUGGCUGAGUUUCCCAGCCACUCUGGGCGGCUCCCAAUCCAGUGUUAAAAACAGUACAGCGUUAAAUAUUAAAAACUUCCCUGAACAAAUUCCCUUAUUCCGAAUAGGAUUCCCUGCAAGAAAAGGGAAAAGUUGACAGCUAUGCCCUCCAGCUGUUUUGGGACUACAAGUCCCAUCAUCCCUGACCGCUGCUCCUGUUAGCUAGGGAUGAUGGGAGUUGUAGUCCCAAAACAGCUGGAGGGCUGAGUUUGGGGGUGCCUGGUGUAGCGGCUCCCAGAAGCUGGGGGUUGUUUUUGCGCUUUCUGUGGAGCAUGCUCAAAGCGCCGGGUGGUUGGUGACUUGGCUGGCUGCUGGGGGCUCUUGGGCAGGGGCUGAAAGUGGGGGCUCCUUUGGGGGGGCGCUCGUUUUCUCCCCAUCCUUCUCCUUGGCACGGAAAGAGCAGACACUUAAGUGCUGUAAAUUGUGCAAAUUCUACAUUUACAUCUUCCAAGGCAAUUGGUCCAAGGUGGCAUGCAUAAUCCUUCUCCUCCCCAGUUUGGAAGCCGCCCAGAGUGGCUGGGGAAAUAAUAAUAAUAAUAAUAAUAAUAAUAAUAUAGCUUAUCCUCACAGCAAUCCUGGGAGGUAGGCUUGGACAAGAGGCGGUCUGUCCAAGGUCAGCGUCAUAGCUGAGGAGAGAUUCGAACCCUGGUCUCACAGGUCAUAGCCCAGGACUGUAACCACUGAGCCACACUGGCUUUCGCACACACAGAGAACGCUUUAUUUCAGUCCAUGGACCCAAAAUAUACAGUACAAACACUGGGUUUUGCUAUAUAUACAACCAACAGUAUAAUUUAAGGUAAAGGGACCGCUGACCAUUAGGUCCAGUCGUGACCGACUCUGCGGUUGUGGCGCUCAUCUUGCUUUACUGGCCGAGGGAGCCGGCGUUUGUCCGCAGACAGCUUCCGGGUCAUGUAGCCAGCAUGACUUAGCCGCUUCUGGCGAACCAGAGCAGCGCACGGAAACGCCGUUUACCUUCCCGCUGGAGCGGUACCUAUUUAUCUACUUGCACUCUGACGUGCUUUUGAACUGCUAGGUUGGCAGGAGCUGGGACAGAGCAAUGGGAGCUCACCCCGUCGCGGGGAUUCAAACCACCAACCUUCUGAUCAGCAAGUCCUAAGCUCUGUAGUUUAACCCACAGCGCCACCCGCAUCCCUCAGACAGUAUAAUUUAGAGGUCACUUAAUCUGCUAUCCUAUAGACGCACUUACCUGGGAGUAAGCCCCAUUGAACUCUUUGGACGUGGCUCCUGAGUAGCCAUGACAGUAGGGUUAUAUUGCCAGAGAAAAUGCACUUUUCAAAAGGGAACCACCAGAACAAAUUUUGCCUCCUCUCCUGCAAUUAGAAACGGGCUCUCAUUCAUAAGUGUAGCAACAAAAACUAACAGCUGUUUUUUAUUUACAGUAUUUAUUUCGCAAGGUUUAUAUACCACUUGAUUGGAAUUGAAACCUCAAAAAUGCUCAUAGAAACAAUAACAGUGAAUAACAGUUUAAAAAACAGCUAUUCAAAACAUUCAAACGAAUGAUAAUGAAAAUCAGCAAAAAGCUAAAGACUAGAUUAUAGGCACUCUCAACAUUGCACAUGUCUGGAUAGGCCAACAACUACUGAAAAGGCACCUGCCUGAUUUCAGUGGGCAGGGAGUUCCACAGUUCCUUGUGGGACCUUAAAGAUUUUGAUUUGGCUCCACUGGUCUAGGUCCCCUGCACAAAGCAGAAGAAAACCAGCUUGCUCCUUCUUCCACGUGACAGCCCUUUAAAUAUUCGAAUUCUUAAAAGCCUGAACUCUUCUUUUUUAAAAUAAUUUAUUUUAUUAGGGUUUGUAAAGAAAAAUACUAAGAUUAUUAUCAAACAUCUUUUCUUUUGUCCAAAAUAAAGCAUUAAUUUAAAGGCAAAAGAGAGAGGGAAGGAAGAGAUGGAGAAAAGGGAAUAGAAAAAGAUUUAAAAGAGAGGGGAAAGUUAAGAAGAUAAAGAACACUUCUGACACCCUUGGUGCCCUUUUUGUAACUGUCGUUUUGUGUGCGUGUGUAUUUAUGUAUAUAUGUGUGUGUGUGUGUGUGUGUGUGUGUGUGUGUGUGUGUGUGUGUAUUACCAACCACCAAAACACAAAACAGUGAAACCCCCCAGGCGGCUGAUACAUUGGGUAUACAAUAUUCAAUAAUAUACAUAAUGCAUACUCAAUAAUUUUCAAUAAUAACAUAUUCAAAUCAACCAUAUGUACACUUCUAUAUACCUUAACACUCCUCCUUCCGCAAGGUUUAUUUAACAUUUAACAUUGUUUCCAUUUUUUUAAUUAAUUUUCCAAAUUUAUGACAAACACACAAAAAAUAAAAAGCAUAUUAAGAAAGAAUAACAAACAAACAUAUAAAACAUCUUACUAUUAAAAAUCCAAUUUGAUUUCCAUUGCUAAGCGACUUCCUCAAAUCCUCCCUAACUGAGUUUCAUUCAGUCUCAUUGUAGCAAUUUUCCAAUAUCCACUUUAUUCAAAUUACUAUCUUCCUUCCUUUUCAUAGUUUCUCAAUCCAUAAUAUUAUGCAAUUCAACAUAUUUUAAUCCUAGGCCAGUUUGGUACUUGCAAGUAUUUCAGCUUAGGUUGUAUUAUAACAUUUGGCUAAAUGUUCCUGAAAUUUCUUCCGAUCUUCAUAACUUUUAACAUUUUAAUUGCCCCAAAUUGUUCAAACCUACUCAAAUCAUUCAAUAUCUUCUCAAAUCAAUCCUCCUCUUUCUCAUUGACCUUUCAUUCUAUGUAUCUUCACAGUUAGGUAUUCUAAAAUUAUAAUAUUAUUCAGUUUUUUCCUCCAUUACGUAACUGUCGUUUGAUUCUGCCCAUAGCUGUCAACUUACAGAUUUGAAAAUAAGGGACCAGCAGCCUCGAAAAUAAGGGAUGAGCAGCCAAAAUAAGGGAUUUUGCUUAGCUUAUGCAGAAAUCCGGCACUGAUGGAGCCAGGCUGCUUUGGCUGCAACUGACUGUGUUUUGCAGGGGGUUGGACUAGAUGAUCCUAAGGGUCUACAACUCCCACCAAAGAAGAGGGGCAGACAAAACUGAUGAACAACGUCGAGAUGGCAAAGCUUACAGGCAGAAUUAGAAACCAGGAAGAGGACCUCUUUAAUAAAGAAUGGGGAAAGUUUAUAAAUUAGUUGAAAAGCUAUUGGAAAGAGUUACAUACAUUGGUAGGAUUGACAGAAAACUUGUAGUAAAAAUUUGAACUGUGGAUGGACAAAUGGUUUAUAAAAACAGAGUUAUGAAAGGGAUGGAGAGGGGGAAAUCACUACAUUAAGAUGUUGCACUGGUUGGAGGGGAUGCUAAGCAGCAUGUCGGGGCUGCUGUCGUCCUGGUGCGAGGAGUUCCAUCGGCCCUUCCCCGCCCGAGAGAGGGGGGGAGGGAGAGAGACCCACGCCGUCCGCGAGCCCGGCAUGAGGCGGUUGCGGCGGCGCUGCGGCCGCUGAAGCACUGCCCUUCUGCGUCCCUCCCCAUCCCCUCCUCUUCCUCCUCCCUCAGGCCGCCUCCUCAGCUGCCGCUGUCGCCUCCGGCUUCCCCUGGCAGCGCGGCGGAAGUCUUGCAAGAGAGGCUGCCUGCCCGCCCGCCGCCACCCGUCUCCUCACCACGCGCCCCUGAGGGGGGAAAGGGAGAGACGGAGACGCGGCAGCUCGUGCGUGCGCUCUCUCUCGUGGCAGAGGACCCCGAGCCGCUGCUUCCCUCCUGAGCCGGGCGAGCAUGAAACCCGGGAAAUUUAAGGGACGCCAUCAAUCCGGGGCAGCAGCGGGUCAUGGAGCUGGGAUAAGGGAGUUUCCCGCCAAAUAAGGGACGCUUGACAGCUAUGAUUCUGCCGCUGCCUCUGAGUAUCUUCCCUUCCUGUCUUUGCCAGCAGGGCUUGGAGUGGGGCAGGGGACCCCUGCAGCCCACCCCGGUGCACCCUUCCUUCCUCCCCAAGCGGAGCUGCGGCGAUGCUGCCGGCCGGCCAGCCGCUGAGAUCUCCUUCUGGACGGCGGUGGCCACCAUGCAAGCGGUGGAGAGGAAGGUGGACGUCCACGCUGGGCGGCUGCUGGCGCUGGAGCGGAGGGCGGGACUGGCUGAAAAGAAGCUUUCCGGGACAGAGAAAGCCAUGGCGGAGUUCAGCCACCACCUGGACGCGCUGGGGACCCUCAUCCAGGAAUACGGGCAGCUCCAGAGGAGGCUGGAGAACAUGGAGAACCUGCUCAAGAACCGAAACUUCUGGAUCCUUCGCCUGCCCCCAGGAUCAAGGGGGGAAACCCCCAAGGUAAGCAGGGGGGAUUCGCACAGAGGUAGAGCUUUAUCCAGGGGAAGAGCUAUGUAUAGCCAGAGGCGUCUGCUGAUAUAAUAAUAAUUUAUUAUUUGUACCCCGCCCAUCUGGCUGGGUUUCCCCAGCCCAUCCGAAUACAGUGGUACCUCGGGUUACAUACACUUCAGGUUACAUACGCUUCAGGUUACAGACUCCACUAACCCAGAAAUAGUACCUCGGUUAAGAAUGAAAUUAACCACAGAUUGUGGGGGGAGGGAAGUUGUUAUAUGAAUUCAUAAUUGGUGCAAAUGUUGUUAAAUUGAAAUAAUACACACACCCACACACAAACAUAUAUACAGUGGUACCUCAGGUUACGUAUGCUUCAGGGUACAUACGCUUCAGGUUGCAGACUCUGCUAACCCAGAAAUAGUACCUCGGUUAAGAACUUUGCUUCAGGAUGAGAACAGAAAUUGUGUGGCGGCAGCAGGAGGCCCCAUUAGCUAAAGUGGUACCUCAGGUUAAGAAUAGUUUCAGGUUAAGAACGGACCUCCAGAACGAAUUAAGUACGUAACCAGAGGUACCACUGUAUAGUCAUACCUCUGGUUACAGACUCUUCAGGUUGCGUUUUUUCAGGUUACGGACCACCAAAACCUGGAAGUAGUGGAACAGUUUACUUCCGGGUUUCCGCGGUCACGCAUGCACAGAAGCGCCGAAUCGCAACCAGCGUCCGCUGGUGGAAUAAGAUUGCCAGUGGUUAUUGCCAGGUUAUUACAGGGAUAAUAAUAAUAAUAUUUAUAUCCCACCCAUUCUGCUGGGUUUACCCAGCCGCUCUGGGCAGCUCCCAACAGAUUAAAAACAGAAUAAAACAUCAAAUAUUCAGAUGUCUUCUAAAAGUCAGAUAGUUGUUUAUUUCCUUGACAUCUGGUGGGAGGGCGUUCCACAGGGCGGGUGCCACCACCGAGAAGGCCCUCUGCCUGGUUCCCUGUAGCUUUGCUUCUCGCAGCGAGGGAACCACCAGAAGGCCCUCGGAGCUGGACCUCAGUGUUUCCUGCUGCGGGGAGUUCCCCAAGUAAACAGUCCUUUGCCAUAUUGGGUUAGCACGAGAGAGGCAGUGUGGUUCGAGUGAACUAUUUAGUUUAAUUAAAUCAACAAAAUUGAUGAACUGGAUCCAUUCUGCCCACCCUGCCUCAGAGGGGUCUUGUGGUGAUCUGGUGAGGAGAGGGGAAGGCAUGUACGACCCCUGAUACGAAUGCAAGAAAGGGGAGGUUUUGAUGUUUCAUGGUGUUUUCAUAUUUUGCUUGGAAGCCCCCCCUCCCCACGAGAGACCAGGGCGACCCAGUCAGAUGGGCAGCAUAUAAAUAAAAUUGUUGUUGUUGUGAAAUAAAUAUUGUAUUUCAAAGUAACGGUGUUGUCACAGAUGUAAUGAAUAACCCCCCCUCCCUAUUUAUUCAUUCAUUUAGAAGACACCUGAAGGCAGCCCUGUUUAGGGCAGCUUUUAAUGUUUGAUGCAUUACUGUAUUUUAAUAUUUUGUUGGCAGGGGAAGCCCAGCCAGAUGGGCGGGGUAUAAAUAAAAUAAUAAUAAUAAUAAUGAUAUUUGUUUUACAUGCCCUCUCAGGUGCCGGUGACCUUCGACGAGGUCUCUGUUUGCUUCUCGGAGGAAGAGUGGGGGAACCUGGACGAAGACCAGAGGGAGCUCUACAAGAACGUCAUGAAGGGGAACUACGAGUCUUUGGUUUCACUGGGUAAAGAGAACCCUAAAGCAACAAAGCCGGUUGUCGUAAGAUUCAGGGCGGGGGGGGGGGGGAAAUCCUGCUUCAUGCAGCACCUAGUUAAACUGUGGAACUCCCUGCCACAGGAGUCAGAAAUGGCCACCAACUUGGGAGGGCUGUACAAGAGGAUUGACAAAUUCGCGGAGGAGGCACAGGCUGUCGAUGGCUCCCACCCAUUAUGGCCACGCUCUUCCUGCACAGCCGUAGGCAGAAAUCCUCCUGAAUAUCAGUUGCUGGGAACCACAGGAGGCGAGAGGGCUUGUGUUCGAAUCCUGCUUGCGGGUUUCCCACAGGCUGUGGCAGCAGAGCAGAGCCAUUGUGGCUAGUAGCCAACACUAGCCCUUGCUUGGGUCACUGCAAAUCCUCCGGAUCCUGCCAGGUUUUUGUCAGUAAACAUGAGGGCUAGAAACUUGAUUUGAGAAGGAAUCCAUAACCCUUAGAAACCUUAGGGUGCCCCAUUCUCUCUGAGGACCGUCAUGGGAUAAGUACCGUAUAUUUUGCUCCAUAAGACACACUUUUUUCCUCCUAAAAAGUAAGGGGAAAUGUCUGUGUGUCUUAUGGAGCGAAUGUGUGGUCGGUCGCUGGCUCCCUUGCCCAGGCCUCCAUUUUUUAAUGUUCUGCAGACGGACGCUGUUUAUUUCCCCAGAUACAUGUGACUAGCUGAUUAGAUUAUCUGUCUGGAAACGGUAGAAACGGCUCCCUUUCUUUUCCUAAACGGCUCCCUUUCUUUUCCUGCACAACUUUGAGCUGAUCCUCAAAAAAAGGGGCUUUUCUCCUUUGCGAAAGAAGCUGCACAACUGUGAGCUGAUCGCCCAAAAAACAGGGCUUUCCCCCUUUCCUCCUCUAAAAACUAGAUUUUGUCUUAUGGAGUGAAAAAUACGGCAAUUCUUUGGUCUUGCCUUUCUUCCCUUCCUCCUCAGAUUACGCCAUUGCCAAGCCCGACCUCCUGACCCGGAUCGAAGGUGGGCAGGAGCAGGCAGCUGAGGACGAAGAGGCUCCUAGGAGCAUCGGCCCAGGUGAGUUAAGAGAGUUGUUUUUAAGCAGAAUUGUAGUUUAUAUUCUUUUUUUAAAAAAAGGUUGGCUCUUUUUGUUUUUCGUUUAAAACAGGCUACCUCAAACUUGGCCCUCCAGAUGUUUUCGGCCUACAACUCCCCUGAUCCCUAGCUAGCAGGACCAGUGGUCAGGGAUGCUGGGAAUUGUAGUCUCAAAACAUCUGGAGGGCCGAAGAAGGCUGGUUUAAAAUAUUGUAAGCUGCUUUGAGGAAAACAAAACGAAACAAAAUGUGACAUAUGGGGAUGGGGAAAUCAAUUAAUGCCCUUUUCCCCUCUUGGCAUGCAGAAUUCCCCGCACCCAGAAAUGACACUGUCUCUCCUGUCCAGCGGGAAAUUGUUCCUUCGGUAGUGGGCGAGUGGGAUUCGGAAGAAAGCGGGGCGCCCCCGGACGAAAACCUAGGUGAGUUGGGGCCAGUGUGCCUCUGAAGAGAGGAAUCCAGACCCACCUUGUCCCCUCUUGGCAAAACGUCCCUGUGGCUGAUCAGCGUCCUGUGCAGCCUCAGUGCAUCACCUGGCUAGAGGCGGCAGGAGCAUAUAGAUGCUAAUUAAAAAUAUGGACCGCAGCAGUGUAAGACCUGGACAAGAAACAUGGACCAAGGAGUGUGAGAAACCACUUGGAUUAAAUUGUAUAAAUUUGGGAUUAAUUGGAAUUAUUCUGAUAUUGAUUGGAAUCUGUACAGUUGGCAAAACUGUGAUAAUAUUGAGUAAAUAUUGGAAAAUUAAUUAAAAAAAAAUUUUUUUUUUAAAGAAACAGCAGUAGCACUGGUGCAGCUGCAAAGUGCAUCCAGCUGUUGAAGCCUGUUAGCGGGGCAGAAUUGGGCUGGGGUGGCUCUAGCCAGGAAUAUAUAUAUAUAUAUAUAUAUAUAUAUAUAUAUAUAUAUGUGUGUGUGUGUGUGUGUGUGUGUGUGUGUGUGUCAGAAGGUUUUUCCAGAUGUUUAGUCGGAAUCUCCUUUCUUGUAACUUGAAGCCAUGGGUUCGAGUCCUACCCUCCAGAGCAGGAGAAAAAAAGCUUCCUCCCUCUUCUGUGCAACAGCCCUUGAGAUAAGUUUGUUCCCCUCUUGUAAGACACAAUAAUAAUAAUAGAUUUUAUUUAUACCCCGCCCUCCCCGGCCAGAGCCGGGCUCAGGGCGGUUAACACCAGUAAAAUUACAGUAAAAACAUAAGGGGGGGGGGACACACCAAUUUAAAAUACAGGUUAAAAUGCAAUUUAAAAUGCAGCCUCAUUUUAAAAGUAGCCCAUAGAUCAAAACCAUAAAGGGAAGGAAACAUAAGGGUCAGACUGAGUCCAGAACAAAGGCCAGGCGGAACAGCUCUGUCUUGCAGGCCCUGCAGAAAGAUGUCAAGUCCCGCAGGGCCCUAGUCUCUUGGGACAGAGUGUUCCACCAAGUCGGGGCCAGUGCUGAAAAGGCCCUGGCCCUAGUUGAGACCAAUCUAACCACCUUGAGACUUGGGACCUCCAAAGUGUUGUCAUUUGUGGACCUUAAGGUCCUCCGCGGGGCAUACCAGGAGAGGCGGUCCCGUAGGUACGUGGGACAUUCAAUGAACCUGGCUGUUGGAAGAAUCAUGACAGAUAAAAGAAAGUCCUCCUUUAGGCAGCAUUGUUAAACUGUGGAACUCCCUGCCACAUGAGGCAGCAAUGGAUGGCUUUAAGAGAGGGCUGGACAGAUUCACAGAGGAGGAGAAUGCUAUCGAUGGCUACUAGCCAGGAUCACUUUGCUUUGCCUUGACAGACAGAGGCAGCAAUGUGUCUGAAUCCAAGUUCCUGGAAACCGCAGGACGAGACAGGGCUCUUGUGUUCGAAUCCUGCUUGCAUCUGGUUGGCCACUGCGAGAACAGAAUCCUGGACUAGGCAGGCCAUUGGCCUGAUCUCUUCAUAGGUUCUUACCUUCUUUUGUUGCUACAAAGUUGGGGGAAAUGAAUUCACCCCACACCCCAUCACCACCAUCCCAGUAACAGCUGGAAAAUUUAUUUUCCAAAACUCGUUCCGCCUCUGAUCUGGUUUCCCUCUCCCUACAGAUGCCACCCUCUUCGCUGAGGUGCCCGCCAGGCCAGAGGUGAGGCCUGGGGACCUGGCGCAGUACAGCGCAUUGCCAGAGGCCUUGGACCAGGCUGUCUUCCACUUCCCCGAGGAGGGCCUGGCGUGCGUGGACGGGCAGACUUCCGGCGGCAGCCUGGAGGAGCCGGCCGCGUGCGGUAGCGACUUUGCGGACUUCACCACCAUCAUCGUGCCCGAGGGGGCCCUCCCUGGCGAGGCCCCGUACGUCUGCGCUGACUGCGGGAAGAGCUUCCUGUACGAGGAGCAGCGCGCCCUGCACCAGCGGACGCACCCUCGAGCCUCCCCCGAAGGGAGCCCCGCCUCGAGCCUGCGGCCGGGGGGCGAGGCGUACCCCUGCCCCGAGUGUGGGCGCUGCUUCCCUCACCAGGCGAGCCUCAGCAAACACCGGCUGUGGCACUUGGGCGAGCGGCCCCACACGUGUUCCGAGUGCAACAAAAGCUUCCGCCUGAAGAUAAAUCUCCGUCUGCACCAGCGGAGCCACGCGGCGGCCACGACGGGCCUGGCGGCGAAGGCGGGCUCCUAUAUCUGCGGCGAGUGCGGGCGCAGCUUCAACCACCACUCCAACUUCCUGCGCCACCAGAUGAUCCACACGGGUGAGCGGCCGUACGCCUGCGGCGAGUGCGGGAAAACCUUCAUCCGCAAGGAGCACCUCGCCACCCACGGGCGGCUGCACACCGGCGAGCGGCCGUACCAGUGCCCGCUUUGCCAGAAGAGCUUCACCCGCAAACAACAUCUCGUCGGACACCAGCGGCUCCACGAAGGCGGAGAUCCCUGGCUGGACGGCCGUUCAGGGCAGAGGCCUUUCCGGAGCCAGUGGGGCAGGGCAAAGAUGCGGGCGGAGGCCGGCGGUGUGCCUCGCAUCAGGCAGGAGCGGUUCCCCCCUUAAACGCCCACUUUGGGCACGGCCAGGGCGCCCGGUGCUGGGACUUAGUGGGAUGCAGGCUGGGGAAGCAGUUGCGGACUGAACCGUUGUGGUUGCCAGAGCUGGAGACGGAAAACGAAGGCUGCGGCUCAGAGAGGUUUCUGAUUUUUGUUUCUUCAAAAGGGGGGAAAGAGAGAUUUCUGCCGACUUUCUCGAUGUUGGCUGAGGCCGAGAAAACGAAACUGGUCCUCUUUGUUUCAUUUGCUAAGUCUUGGUGGUAAAGUGUCGUUCCCCAACCCGCUUCACGGCCGUCUCGGUGUCUUGCUUCAAACACGUUCCUUACAGGGUUGGCGCCUUCAGC